AUGGUACCCGGUGUUAAGUUAUCUGUAAAAGGUGAUGGUAUCUCUGUUGAUGCAACUCAAUACAAGCAGCUCAUUGGCUGUAUGUUGUAUAUCACAACCACAAGACCUGAUAUAAUGUAUACAGUUUGCUUGCUAAGUAGAUAUAUGCAAGCCCCAACAAGACAACACAUGUUAGCAGCAAAGAGAGUUCUCAGGUAUCUGAAGGGGACACUCACUUAUGGUAUAUGGUACAAGAAAAAUGCUGGGAAUGAAUGUCUAUUGGGUUACACAGACGAUGACUAUGCAGGUGAUGUGGAUGAUAGGAAAAGUACAAGUGGGUAUGUGUUCUUUCUAGCAGGAGGAGCUAUUUCAUGGGCUUCUAAGAAGCAGCCUGUCGUCACUCUCUCCACAACAGAGGCAGAAUUCGUUGCAGCAUCUCAAUGUGCUACUCAGUGUGUGUGGUUGAAGAGAAUUCUGGAGGUGAUGGGAUGGACAUCAAGUGUGAAGGAAGGUACAAAGAUCUGGUGUGACAAUAGUUCCACAAUUAAGCUUUCUAAGAAUCCUGUUCUCCAUGGAAGGAGUAAACAUAUUGAUGUAAGGUUUCACUUUCUAAGAGACUUAGUUAGAGAUGGCAUAAUAGAAUUGGAGCACUGUGGAACACAUGAACAAGUUGCUGAUGUAAUGACUAAGGCAGUCAAGUUGGAUAUUUUUCAGAGACUCAGAGGAAAGCUCGGCAUGCGUGACUUAGCAGAGUUCAAACAUGAGGAAGUGAACUGA